AGACAGGAUAGCCAUAGAUAGGUUAAGUUUUGUUUGUUGGUUGGUUGUUUGUUGCUUUGAUUGGCCUUUGAAUUUGAAUAUAUAAUACACGUGAUUAAUUAAAUUAUCAAAAUGGAAGAAAAUGUUGCUUUGGACUCUAGCAAACAAAAGCAAUUUGUAAAAUCAAUCAAAGGCAUUAAAAAAAAGUUAAAUAAGAAAAUUCCUGAAAUAUCAACGUCUAAUAAUGUUGCAGCGUCGAAAAUUAAGGAAGGCAAAUCAAAGAAAAGGAAAAUUAAAGAAAGAGGUCUUGUUUAUCUAGCUCAUGUUCCACAUGGAUUUUACGAGAAUGAAAUGACUCAAUAUUUCAAACAGUUUGGAAUGGUCACAAAUGUGAGAGUGAUCAGGUCAAAGCGCACUGGCAACUCUAAAGGGUAUGCAUUUGUUGAAUUCAAAGAGCCCACAGUUGCUCAAAUCGUUGCGGAGACAAUGAACAACUAUUUGAUGGGGAAAAGGCUAUUAAAAGCUGCCUAUAUACCACCUGAAAAACAGAGGCCUUAUGCAAUGAGAAAGAAAUGGAAUCCUACACAUAAUCCAGGCAGAGAUGCAAUGAUAAAACAGAAAAAGGCAUAUAAUGCUGAUAAAAAUGAUUCACAAGAUUUGAAGAUAGCCAGGAAAACUCUCUCAAACAUAAAUAAAACAAAGGAAAAACUACGUGCAUUGGGCAUCGACUAUGACUUCUUCACUCCAGUUGAUGUCCCUGAAGAGUUAUUGUCUUCAGAUACUGCCAAAAACCGAGAAAAGCAAGAAAAGUCGAAAAAGCCUAAAACUAUAGAGAUUGUUCAACCUAAUAAAGUAAAACAAGGGAAGAUUGAAAUGAAAAAUGAUAAGAAAACAAAAGGUAAAAAGAUUGAACAGGUAUCAAACAUAAACAGUAAACAACAGAAGCAAAAAGAACAGAAGUUAAAAGAAAAGGGUGUAAAGCCUGCUGAAAACUUUAUAAAGGUUCUGGAGGAAUCAGGAGAUGAAUCUGAUAGUUCCCUUGAGUUUGAUUCAGAUGAAUUUGAAAAACUGAUGGAGAAUGAAGAUGAUUCAUUAGGGUCAGAAGACAAAGACAGUUCUGAGGAUGGGUCUGAUAACAGUGAUGAAGAGAGUGAAGAAUUGCCGAAAAUACCAUUAGUAAUUAAUCCAAAUAAACUGAAGAAUCAAGGGAAUAAGAAGCCUCAAAUGAAAAGAAAGCCUGUGCUGGUUAUGGCUAAUCCACCGAAGAAAUCCAAAUUCGAAAAACAGCAAAAGAACCCACAAUUCGCAAAGAAACAAUUGAAAAAGAAGAAAUAAGUAAUUAUUGUUUUAAUAGGUAUAUAUUAUCUAUCUUAAUAUAUGGUAGUUUUUGUAAAUGUUAAGGUAAUAAAACAAUGAUGUAAAUGCAGGUA